AUGAUAGCAUCUGACCACCGUCCAGUGGUGGCCUACCUAGAAGACAAAGUCCCCAAACGGAGAGGGCAAUUUCGGUUUGAUAAGCGUUGGAUCGGACAUGAAGGUCUUAUGGAAUCAAAUGCUAUCGGAUGGUCAAAAUACAAUGAAGGACAAACAGAGGAUAUUGUUACAAAAAUUAGUAAUUGUCGUCAUGAAAUUGCUAAAUGGCGGAAAAACAAUCCACCAUAUGGGAAGGAAAAAAUUAUUGAUCUCCAAAAAGCUCUUAAAGAGGUACAGGCUGAUAACAACAUGUCUCAAGAGGAAAUUUUAGAGGUCUCUAGGAAAUCACAAGAUGCCUAUAAGGAUGAAGAAGAAUAUUGGCAUCAGAAAAGUCAGAAUAUGUGGUACUCAUCGGGGGGUCUAAAUACAAAAUUUUACCACGCCUUAACGAGGCAACGACGUGUUCGUAACAGGAUUGUGGGGCUACAUGAUUUGGCUGGCAAUUGGAUCACAGAGGAUAACGGAUCAGAUGGAGAAGAGGUGGUAUCGAAAGGCAUGUCGCCAAAAAUCUCGCAUGAGACCAACCUCAGGCUCACAACCAUCCCGUCAGCCACGGAGAUUAGGAAAGCGCUAUUUGCUAUUCAUCCCGAAAAAGCACCGGGCCCGGACGGAUUCUUCGCUUCCUUCUUCCAAGCAAAUUGGACAACGGUGGGAGAGGCUAUUGUCGCCGAAGUCCGCGAGUUUUCAUUUUAUCUCCGCCUCCGGCCUGUUCUCAGCGAGAUCAUCUCAGAGAAUCAGUCGGCUUUUAUUCCAAGACGGGCCAUUGCCGACAACGUACUCAUCACGUACGAGAUCCUCCACUACUUGAAAAAAUCGGACGCAAAGAAGCACUGCUACAUCACGGUCAAGACAGAUAUGAGCAAAGCAUACGAUAGGCUAGAAUGGGAGUUCAUCCGCCUUGUCUUCGAAAGGUUAGGAUUUGAUCCGGUAUGGGUGAACUGGGUGAUGCAGUGCCUUUCGACGGUGUCAUACUCGUAUCUGAUUAACGACUCGGCUCUCGGUACGGUCGUACCGCAUAGAGGCAUCAGGCAAGGGGACCCCCUCUCCGCCUACAUCUUCAUUCUCUGCGGAGAAGUACUAUCCAGACUGUUCCGGGCUGGUCAAGACAGUGGUGAUCUCACAGGGGUUAAGAUUGGCCAGCAUUGCCCACAUAUCAACCAUCUACUCUUCGCGGACGAUAUUAUAUUCUUCACAAAAGCCACCGCGGAGUGUUGUGAAUCCCUUGCCUCGAUUCUAAAGGACUACGAGAGAGCUUCGGGACAAAUUAUCAACGCAGCAAAGUCAUCUAUCUUCUUCUCAUCGAAAACUCCACAGGCGACCCGAGAUUGGGUCAAACUCGUCCUUGGCAUCGAUAAGGAGGUGGGAGUCGGGAAGUACCUCGGCUUACCGGAGCUGUUCACGAGGAGGAAAUGGGACUUGUUCUCCUCAAUUGUUGAUAAGAUCAAACUGCGAGCUGUUGCAUGGUCGACUCGCCGCCUAUCCUCAGCUGGGAAGCUCACUAUGCUGAAGUCGGUCCUAUCCGGCAUUCCGACGUACCCCAUGUCAUGCUUCCAAUUGCCUGUGGGACUCUGUGACCAAAUCCAAGCAGCUCUCACUCGAUUUUGGUGGGAUCAAAACCCGGACACGUGGAAAAUGUGUUGGGUCUCAUGGGAGUCACUUGCUCAACACAAGGAGAUGGGAGGGUUGGGUCUCCGAGACGUCAAAGACUUCAACAUGGCAAUGCUUGCUAAGAACUCAUGGCGCAUUCUCACUUCCCCACACUGCCUACUGGUGUGCCUCUUGUUAGGCAAAUACUGUCACAGCUCCAGCCUCCUAUCAGCGUCCUGCCCGAAGUCGGCCUCACAUGGAUGGAGAGGCGUUAUCGCAGGGACUCAACUCCUAAAACUUCAGCUAGGGAAGGCCAUUGGCAAUGGUAACUCCACCAAAGCAUGGAGCGAACCCUGGAUGUCCACCACUACUCCACUCAUCCCGUUCGGGCCAAUGAUAGAAGCUACAAGAGACCUCUGUGUCUGA